UUCAUAGCCCCAACCUCGAAUUAGCCCCUUGGCCCUUGCAAUAUAUUAUUAUAGACAUCGAAUAUCUUUGCAUUGUCUUUGCUACUUAACUUCAAGAAGAACACUCAGUAUGGCUGCUAAAGAAAUCCAGAAGGUGCCUUAUGACAAGAUUCCAAGAUGGAGCUUGCACAAUUGGCUGGUAUUCUUGUACGAGAGAGCUCCUCCGUUAGUGUUUGGACUGCUGGCAGCUGGACCUUGUUUAUCUGGCCUGAUGUAUGCCGAAGGAUCAGUGGACUGGGAUAAAUUUGCCUGGGGGCUCAUUGGAAUGAUGACGCUGCUGUUGUUGGUGAGGGUGAUGGACGACGUUAAGGACUUUGAGAAGGACAAGAUCGUUCACCCUGAUAGACCCCUCCCCCGUGGUCUCCUGCGAUACGACGAGAUGUGCACAGUGAUAAACAUCACCAUAGUAGCCAUGCUCGCCUACUCUAUUGUCAUGGGCCUCAGGUUCAACUGGACAGUCACUGGUCUCUAUCUACUUAUAAUCUUCUACGCCUUCCUGAUGUACAUUGAAUUUGGCAUAUCAAAAUGGUUGGACGAGCACGUGAUGAUUAACGGCCUCAUUCAUCAGCUCUCAAUAUACUUUGGAGCGCUGUUCAUCACUGGUCUCGGGGGCUCACCCUGGUACAAUCUGACAGGGUGGGUAUAUCUCGGCAGUGUCGGCUUCUCAGGGUUCUUUACGUACGAGAUAUGCCGGAAACUGGAUCCCACUCUCCCAAGGUUGAAGGGUACGUACCUGGUGGUGUGCGGGAAGUGGCCUACCUUCCUGGCCGUGCUGGCUACAGUACUGGUAGGUGUGGUCUCCUCAUAUGCUAUGGGACUACACCGGCUGUUGUGGCCGUUAGAGGCAGUCAUGAUUCUGAGUGUCCUGGUGUUGUUCCUGUUGCCGUUGAGGGGCCCAAAGCCCAAGUCUCACAAACCAGUGGAGGCUCUCUCCAUCAUCUACCUCCUCACACACAUGUGGUCUCCCUAUAUAUCAUCAUUCUUUUAAUACGAACUUGUUAAAUUUCACUGCUCUCAUCAAUUAUGAUUUCAGGAAGUAUUUUUAGAUAAGACUUAUGCAAACAAAAUGGUUAUGACGAAUUUACCUCAUUACAUUUUUAACAAUCUCAACUUGA